CGGCCGGGUAUCAGCGUGUGGUCCCGCCAACGGAGCGAUCCGUGCCUCGUGCUUCCGGGACGUCCGUUGUGCGCGCUUGCGGCGCGUGGCACUAGUCAUGUCGAUGGAUCAAGUGAACGCGCUGUGCGAGCAGCUGGUGAAAGCGGUGACGAUCAUGAUGGACCCCAGCUCCACCCAGCGCUACCGGCUAGAAGCCCUCAAGUUUUGUGAGGAGUUUAAAGAAAAGUGCCCUAUAUGUGUCCCUUGUGGCUUGCGGUUGGCUGAGAAAACACAAAUUGCCAUCGUCAGACAUUUUGGCCUUCAGAUCCUGGAACACGUUGUCAAGUUUCGGUGGAACAGCAUGUCUCGAUUGGAGAAGGUCUAUCUGAAGAACAGUGUCAUGGAGCUGAUUGCAAAUGGAACACUGAACAUUUUGGAAGAGGAGAACCAUAUCAAAGAUGUUCUGUCUCGAAUUGUAGUAGAAAUGAUCAAGCGGGAGUGGCCACAGCACUGGCCUGACAUGCUAAUAGAAUUGGACAUUCUUUCCAAACAAGGGGAAACACAGACAGAAUUAGUGAUGUUCAUCCUUUUGCGACUGGCAGAGGACGUAGUGACCUUUCAGACGCUACCCCCUCAAAGACGAAGGGAUAUCCAGCAAACGUUAACCCAGAACAUGGAAAGAAUCUUCACUUUUCUACUUAACACACUUCAAGAAAAUGUAAACAAGUACCAACAAGUGAAGACAGAUAAUUCUCAGGAGUCAAAGGCCCAAGCAAACUGUCGAGUAGGAAUUGCAGCACUGAAUACUCUAGCGGGCUACAUUGACUGGGUGUCCAUGAGUCACAUUACUGCUGAAAACUGUAAACUCCUGGAGAUGCUGUGCCUGCUUCUGAACGAACAGGAACUUCAGCUGGGAGCAGCUGAGUGUCUUCUCAUUGCAGUCAGCAGGAUAGGCAAGUUGGAAGACCGGAAGCCCUUGAUGGUCUUAUUUGGAGAUGUUGCCAUGCAUUAUAUACUCUCCGCUGCGCAGACUGCUGACGGAGGAGGCUUGGUAGAAAAACACUAUGUCUUCCUGAAGAGACUCUGUCAGGUGUUGUGUGCGCUGGGCAAUCAGCUGUGUGCAUUGCUGGGUGUGGAUUCUGAUGUAGAAACACCAGCAAACUUUGGAAAAUACCUGGAAUCUUUUCUGGCUUUCACAACUCACCCAAGUCAGUUUUUGCGCUCUUCAACUCAGAUGACUUGGGGAGCCCUCUUCCGGCAUGAGAUCCUAUCCCGUGACCCUUUGCUAUUAGCAAUAAUACCAAAAUAUCUUCGUGCUUCUAUGACUAACUUGGUCAAGAUGGGCUUUCCUUCUAAAACAGACAGCCCUAGUUGUGAAUACUCUCGAUUUGAUUUUGAUAGCGACGAGGACUUCAAUGCUUUCUUCAACUCCUCUCGGGCCCAACAAGGAGAAGUAAUGAGGUUAGCAUGUCGCUUGGAUCCCAAGACUAGCUUCCAGAUGGCUGGGGAGUGGCUAAAGUAUCAGCUCUCAACUUCUGUUGAUACUGGAUCCAUGAACUGUAAGACUUUUUCUGGAACUGGAGAAGGCAGCCUCUGCUCCAUCUUCUCACCUUCAUUUGUGCAGUGGGAAGCCAUGACCUUUUUUUUGGAAAGUGUGAUCAACCAGAUGUUUCGAACAUUAGAUAAAGAAGAAAUUCCUAUUAAUGAUGGAGUAGAGCUAUUGCAGAUGGUCCUGAACUUUGACCAAGGAUCCCCCCUCAUCCUGUCCUGUGUCCUCACUAAUGUCUCAUUUCCAUUUGUCACCUACAGACCAGAGUUCCUGCCCCAGGUCUUCUCUAAGCUAUUUUCAUCUGUCACUUUUGAAACUGUUGAGGAAAGUAAGGCUCCCAGGACCCGGGCGGUGAGGAAUGUGAGGAGACAUGCUUGUUCCUCCAUCAUCAAGAUGUGUCGUGACUACCCCCAGCUCGUGCUGCCCAAUUUUGACAUGCUGUAUAACCACGUGAAGCGGCUCCUCUCCAAUGAGCUGCUCCUGACACAGAUGGAGAAGUGUGCCCUCAUGGAAGCCCUGGUUCUCAUUAGUAACCAGUUCAAGAACUACGAGCGUCAGAAGGUGUUUCUAGAGGAGCUGAUGGCACCCGUGGCCAGCAUCUGGCUUUCUGAAGACAUGCACAGAGUGCUGUCAGAUGUUGAUGCUUUUAUUGCCUAUGUGGGUGCAGAUCGGACAAGCUGUGACCCGGGCCUGGAGGAUCCCUGUGGCUUAAACCGUGCACGAAUGAGCUUUUGUGUGUACAGCAUUCUGGGUGUUGUGAAACGAACUUGCUGGCCCACUGACCUUGAAGAGGCCAAAGCUGGGGGAUUUGUGGUGGGUUAUACACCCCCUGGAAAUCCAAUCUUCCGUAACCCCUGCACAGAACAGAUUCUGAAACUUCUUGACAAUUUGCUUGCCCUUAUAAGAACUCACAAUACUUUAUAUGCACCAGAAAUGCUAGCCAAAAUGGCAGAACCUUUUACGAGGGUUCUAGAUAUGCUUGAAGUGGAAAAAUCUGCUAUUUUAGGAUUACCUCAGCCUCUCUUGGAACUGAAUGACUCUCCUGUCUACAAAACGGUCUUAGAAAGAAUGCAGCGUUUCUUCUGCACCCUCUAUGAGAACUGUUUCCAUAUCCUAGGGAAGGCGGGCCCUUCCAUGCAGCAGGACUUCUACACCGUGGAGCACCUGGCCACCCAGCUCCUCAGCUCUGCCUUCGUCAACUUGAACAAUAUUCCUGACUACCGACUCAGACCCAUGCUUCGGGUCUUUGUGAAGCCUCUGGUGCUCUUCUGUCCCCCGGAGCACUACGAAGCCCUGGUGUCUCCCAUCCUUGGACCUCUUUUCACCUACCUUCACAUGAGGCUUUCCCAAAAAUGGCAAGUCAUCAACCAGAGGAGCCUGCUGUGUGGAGAAGAUGAGACAACAGAUGAAAACCCAGAGUCUCAAGAGAUGCUGGAGGAACAACUGGUGAGGAUGUUAACCCGAGAAGUCAUGGACCUGAUCACUGUGUGCUGUGUUUCAAAGAAAGGUGCUGACCAUGGUACUGCUCCCCCUGCAGAUGGAGAUGAUGAAGAGAUGAUGGCCACAGAGGUAACCCCCUCGGCCAUGGCAGAGCUUACAGACCUGGGAAAAUGUCUAAUGAAGCAUGAGGAUGUUUGUACAGCCCUGUUAAUUACAGCCUUCAAUUCCCUGGCCUGGAAGGAUACUCUGUCCUGCCAGAGGACGACCACACAGCUCUGCUGGCCUCUCCUCAAACAAGUGCUGUCAGGGACACUGCUCGCAGAUGCUGUUACAUGGCUCUUCACCAGUGUGCUGAAGGGCUUACAGACGCAUGGGCAGCACGAUGGCUGCAUGGCUUCCCUGGUCCACCUGGCCUUCCAGAUAUAUGAGGCGCUGCGUCCCAGGUACCUGGAGAUAAGAGCUGUGAUGGAGCAGAUCCCUGAAAUUCAGAAGGACUCACUGGACCAGUUUGAUUGCAAGCUUUUGAACCCCUCUCUGCAGAAAGUGGCUGACAAGCGCCGGAAGGACCAAUUCAAACGCCUCAUUGCUGGGUGCAUUGGGAAACCCUUGGGCGAGCAGUUCCGAAAAGAAGUUCACAUUAAGAAUCUUCCCUCACUUUUCAAAAAAACAAAGCCAAUGCUGGAAACAGAGGUGCUGGACAAUGAGGAGGGAAGCCUGGCCACCAUCUUUGAACCCUGA